AAACAUUAAUUUGAGAUGAAAUUUAGAAAAUCCAAAAUUUCCCACCAAAUCCAAAACCCACAAAUCCUUCUCCGCUUGUCCGCUUCCGUAACAGCCGUUGAUAAUAUUCCCGCCUUUUAACUAUCCAGCGUGAUCUCUCAAGGCCACGUCAAUGAUCCGUGCGCGAUUCAACCGACCAAUAACCAUCCACCUCUUCAACCUAUAUAAUAAAUCCUCCGCAAUUAGUAUUUCAUCACACAUUUCAAUCUACAUUCUCUCUCCUCUACUUUUAAACAAACUCCCUAAAACUCUCUCACUUUCUCUCUCAUCAAUAACCAUGGCACCAAAGGCGGAGAAGAAGCCUGCCGAAAAGAAGCCCGCGGAGGAGAAGAAGGCCGCCGCCGCCGAGAAAGCUCCGGCUGAGAAGAAGCCAAAGGCCGGCAAGAAGCUUCCUAAGGAAGCCGGAGCUGCCGCUGGAGACAAGAAGAAGAAGAGACACAAGAAGAGCGUCGAGACUUACAAGAUCUACAUCUUCAAGGUUCUCAAGCAAGUUCACCCUGACAUCGGAAUUUCUAGCAAGGCGAUGAGCAUCAUGAACAGCUUCAUCAACGACAUCUUCGAGAAGCUCGCUCAGGAAUCCGCCAGACUUGCCCGCUACAACAAGAAGCCUACCAUCACUUCCCGGGAGAUUCAGACUGCUGUCAGGCUUGUUCUUCCCGGUGAACUCGCUAAGCACGCUGUCUCUGAAGGAACCAAGGCGGUUACUAAAUUUACCAGCUCUUAAAUGUUUUGAUUUCAAUGUUUUUAGGGUUUGUAAACAGUUGGAUAUGGGGAAAUUGAAAAGAAAUUUGAAGGUAUUGGUGGAUUUUGGUUUGUAAAAUUUACUCAAGCUUGGUUGUUUAGAUUAGUAAAUGUUAGGAUUUUAGGGUAAUGUUGAUGUUUGUUGAAAUUGCCGUUGUUCUGUUUGCAGUAAUUGAAAUGAUCAGAAUAAUUUUCUUUA